UAAAUUAUCCUUUCCGCCGUGGAGAAGUUCUUAAUGUUGUGGCCAUGAUAUUAGCAAACAAAAGGGAUCUUUGAUUUACUUCCAAAAGAAUAUGCAUGUGGAUUUUCAUCAAUUCGAUCCAGACAGUCACUUGGGACUUUGAUCAUAUGACGCCAUGAAUAUUUCGGGGGAUCUCAUUAAAGGGAAUGACAAAUCUUCCUUUUGAUCGUCCCCAAAAGACUAGUGAGUCUUUCCGCAUGGAAGCACACUGCUAACACCUUCUAAAGCUUACAGGGCGCGCGCAGGUGUUUGUCACGCUUUGCUUGCUCCGGACACUUGGCGCAGCAAAUUGCUGAGACUGCUGAAAAAAAGGACAAGAACCGUCUCGAGUGGAAAGAUUGCUUUUUAUUUUCUCAUCAGACCAUGCAGCCGCAAGUAGGCAAAGAAAGUUUAAAUAGCCCCUCAAGUCCGCCAUGAAUCCCGGCGGACGUCCAGCCCAGACCGGUGCGGAAAGGAAGAAAAGCUCCCUGUGGUACAGACGUUCACUGAGGGGCAGCAACGAGCACCACAGACACCGACACAGCAGCGACUCUCUGUCCAGAGCAGCCAAGCCUAAACAUUUCCUGGUUGACUAUUCUGAUCCACAAAGAAUCACAAAUGUCCUGGCAAAGAAAGAAAAUGAAACAUUUGGAUUUGAAGUUCAGACGCACAACUUGCAGCUGAAGAGCAGCUCUGCAGUGGAAGUGUGCACGUUUGUGAGCAGGGUGGAGGACAACAGCGCUGCAGAGACUGCCGGCCUGACCGCAGGAGACGUCAUCAUCACCAUCAACGGCGACAGCAUCGAAGGAUUCACUCAUCAGCACGUUCUCGAUCUGAUAGGAGGAUCGACUAACGAUUUAAAGUUGGAGACAGUAUGCAGCAGUGUGGUGAAGUGGAUCGAGUUGGAGAAGAGGGUCAACCAGCUUCAGCAAUCGCUGAGUGAGAAACUGCUGGAGCUGCAAGCGCUUACAUUACGGGAACAACGCAUCAUCGGAGGCACUUUGAAAGAAAGCAACCUCUCAACGGAUUCCUCGGAAGCUCAGAACUCACCGGUGGACCAUCGCAGCCUCCGCUUAUCCAGUGACAGCAGCUACAGGGGACUGGUGACGGACGACAGCGACCAGGGGAGCGUGUUCGGGGACCUGAGCUCACCCAGCCCCUGCAGCGCGGCCAGCACCACCCAAGAAGAGCAUUUCUUCUCACGAAGGUAUUCCUCCAGUCAUCUCCAUCACACCAUCGGCCGGUCCAGCAGCUCCAGCCUGGCAAGCAGCAGCGGCAGCAGUAUCGGCUCGCAGUCGCCUACCUGGGAUAAGGCAAGGAUCUCCUCUUUGUUCGGUACCCUGCCCAGAAAGACCAAACGGACCAACGUUCGGAAAAACAUCCUCAAGUUGAUUCCUGGACUGCAUCAGAGAUCGGUCGAAGAAGAGGAGCCCUAAGAGGUCGUCCUUACGCAACACCACUAUCGCACCUCAAAAACAGAGAUCCGACUCAAGCGGUGAAAACAGGAUUGCUCAUUCUGUAGCACAUCCAUGCUGCGAUUUUUAACACCGUACGACUGUUUCUACUCGUCUCUUGUUGUUUUGCUAAGCACAUACCAUGUUCACUGGAUUGUAAAAGGUGGCACAAAAGCAUUAUGAAAAGUUUUGAGCAUGCACUGACUGUAUCUUCACAAGUUUACAAAUGUUCCCUAAUGUCAUUUUCUACAGAAUCCUACUUGCUUGAAUAAAAGAAGAAAUGUGUUUCUUGCUCUCAUCACAA